UUUGUUGAUCUCUCUGUGCUAUCAAUGGUUCUAAAAUAAUUUGUUAAAAAACACUGCUUUUAAGUUUUUCUCUGGAGAUUGAUACAGCUUUUUGACCACCGUGUAUGGGUACUCUCUACGUCACGUUUUAGUGGCGAUGUUGCCACUAUCCGAGUAAAUUUCAGGCAAAGUUCUUCUUGGUAUGACUCCAUCAAUUGGAAAUAUUUUGAUAAUUUUCUUUAAUUCAUAAGUAAACAUAAGUGGAAGUAAAACUAUUAGAUUACUCAAGAAGUCAUCGUUGCGCACUCGUACAUCAUACUUAGUGUCAAGGACUGGUCUUCUAUCUAACUUGUCAUGACAACCAAGACUUUCUCUUUUGUUUAUGGCUAUAUUUUCGGAAAAUAAAUGAAGGCAUAUAAUUGGAUAUUGUUACAAUUUAAGCUCGUAAUCUCCUCGAAUCUAAUGAAAUUAUAAAACAAAUUCAACUGGUAUUUUAUCUAAAUAGGCUUGGAAGCAUUGGCAGGAAGCAUACCCAAUAAUUGACAAGAUUCUUGGAUUGACUUGGAGCAAAUAAGAACGAGGAAAGGUGAACAAAUCUCAACAGUGUUAAGAAUCAAGGCCGCCGGAGUAGAGGCCCAAGCCAAAUAUGAAGUUCCUUCAAACUUUUGUGAUUCUAUUCCAAUAUCUGCAAGGUAAUCUGAUGGCCUUACCCUGCGUUGAGAAUCCUCCUCGACCCGAGGGCUAUCCAAACAGUACUUCAGGUGUGGUCUUGUCCCAGGAUAAGGGCCCAGUUGACGAAGGAGAUCAAGUGGUUUACCAAUGCCCGGGGGUUAAGAAGUUCAACGGAAAGAACGAAUGGACGGCCUCCUGUCGUCCAUCAGGCCAAUACGAAUUUGAUCCUCCUCUGCUGGUAUGGCCUGAGUGUCAGUGCGAGACGGAUCUUGCAAGGACACAAUGCCCAGAGGCAACCUUCACCAUGACUUAUGCACGAGGCUCUGGGAUCUCUCCGGGUUUGGAUAUCGUUCUAAAUUUGACGCGUUUUGCUACCGACGAACCCAUCAGCUCAUUCAUCAUAACGAUCUUGAUGGAUAUGGUGCUGCAACCUUUGGAUGUCAGGUCACCCAAUGCAGGCCUUAUCCUAAAAGACAGCAAAACGGUCGUGCUCUCGCCUCAUGAGAAGAGCGAUCUCGAGCAAAAAGUAAUAAACAUUGGAAUCGAAUACACAUUUGAUGCCAAAGAAGUUCCUGCCUGGCGUCAUCCCUGCAUUGCUGCUAUGGAGUGCAAUGUGGAAUAUAAGAGCGAAAUUGGCGACAAAAUUUGGAUCAUUGUUGGAGGGGUCGUAGGAAUAAUAGUAAUUGUUUUCAUCGCUGUGUUCUGCAUAGGCUACUGCCUAAAAAAAUAUGGCUCUCAGGCCAACAUAUCGCCGAUGGACGAUGUUUCGUAGUCUUGACAAACUUAAGAAUAAAUUUUGUGAAAGGAUUGAUGUUUAUU